AUGUCGAACAAGCCGAUCCUUGUGGCUACCCACCCCCGGGCCUGCUCAACUGCCUUCGAACGAGUCUUCAUGACCCGGACCGACGUUCUACAUUGCGUCCACGAGCCGUUUGGCGAUGCCUUCUACUUCGGCCCGGAACGAUUGAGCGGUCGUUAUGAGAACGACGGGCAGGCAAGGCAGGAGAGCGGAUUUGCCAACACCACAUAUCGAGAUGUGCUCGAUGGUCUGUUAAACCCAGCCAACAGUGAUGGCAAACGGCUCUUCAUCAAAGAUAUUGCCCAUUAUCUUCUCCCCCCUCAUCAACAGCCCGUCAGCAUCGCCCCAUCCCUCGCCUCGAACGAAGCAAAACAAUCAGCAUCAGCACCGCAAUCGCAACGCGCCAAUCCCACAGUCCUCCCGGCAUCUGCGCUCCGCGAAUUCCACUUCACCUUCCUCAUCCGCCACCCACGCCGUGCGAUACCCUCUUACUACCGAUGCACUGUCCCGCCGUUAUCCACGCGCACCGGCUUCCACAAGUUCAUGCCCAGUGAGGCCGGCUACGACGAGCUUCGCCGCCUCUUCGACUACCUCCUCCACGAAGGUCUGAUCCAGCCAAAGUCCGGGGAGACAGCAAACGGUGUCAAUGGUACCGGCUCCUCGGCCCUCAAGGUCACGGUCGUCGACGCCGAUGACCUGUUGGACAAGCCAGCAGAAGUGGUGGAGGCCUUUUGCGCCGAUAUCGGCCUGGACUACCACGAUGGCAUGCUCAAAUGGGGCGACGAAGAGAGUCAGCAGCGGGCGAUUGCUGCAUUUGCCAAGUGGGACGGGUUUCACGACGACGCGAUUGCGAGCACUGAGCUACGGGCUAGGGUGCACGCUAAGAAAACACCAACGGAAAAACAAGAGGAUGAAGAGUGGCGCAACAAGUUUGGCGAGGAGGGUCAGAAAAUCAUUCGCGAGUGUGUCAAUGCCAAUGUGGCCGACUACGAGUAUCUCAAGUCGUUUGCUAUCAAGGUUUAA